AUGGCCGCGCCGAGCAGCCAUGUGAUUCCGUAUUUGCUACCUUCUCUCUCCAGCAUGGAGGAAGCCUCGGAGCAGUUACUGUCCCAGGCUGUGUCCGAGCUCUGCUCCUGCCUCGGUCGCUCCGCGAUCACCCCCCGUACCCCGGCCGGCUAUGCAGAGCUUUCCCAGGCCGUGGUCGUAUGGGCAACACCAGGGCCGGACCCGGCCAGUCAGGAGACUGUUCCUAGUAGAGCAUGUGCCGCCGCAAGUGCAUUCCUCCGUUUACUGGAAGCGAUAAAAACCACGUCACGUGACAACCAGAAAGCCAGGGACUCCGAUACCGCAGGGGCGGGGUCAGCACCGAUAGAGACACCUGGAGACCUGUUACAGGACGGGAAGAAAGAGCUUACAAGUGGCAAAGGACAUGUUUCUGAAUCACCCGAGGACAUAUCCUUUAAACAUAAUAAAGAACCACCCUCUAGUGCCUCAUUUGGUUCCCCGGGGGCUGGCUCUCUGGACCCUCACUGUAUCCUGGCUCAUGUUACCUCUCCGCUCCUCCUGCUCUGUGGGGCGCAUAUUGAAGAAAAGCCAUGGACGGAUUUGUGUUCCCGCUCUCUGGCUGGACAGUUGCUGCAAACGCUGUUACGGAUGUGGGACUGCAAAUCUGUAGCUGACCUCCUGAAGGGCCCCGAUAGCCCAGAGCCAGAAUUUGUUAUAUUUAGGGAAGUGUUGGGGCUUCUUGGACCUCGGCUGCGCAAAGACACGUGGGAGUCGCACCCCGAUGCCAAGAUUGUCUUCUCCUGGAUGUUGUAUCGGGUACCCCGGCCCUGGCUCACGGACUUCCUCAGCAGAGUCAUGCCCCCAUCGCUGCUCUUCUCUGAUGACUACAAGCCGGAGAACAAGGUGCUGGGGGUACGAUGCCUCCAUCACAUCAUCAACAAUGUGCCAGCCGCAGACUUGAGGCAGUACAACCGGGCCAUGGUCGUGUAUCAUGCGCUGCGUAACCACCUCUAUACAACAGAGGCCGAGGUGAUUGAGGUGGUCCUGCCCUGCCUGCUGGACUUGUUUCCCGUCCUACAUAAACCUCCGCCAGCUGUGGGAUCAUUCCAGAAGGAUGGGGAGAAUCCAUCAGACCAGGUGAUGCAGCUGAUCCUCACUCACAUGGAGAUGGAGCAUAAGAUAGCCUUGCGUCGCUUGUAUGCCCGCAACCUGCCCGCCCUCCAGGAAAGGCUGGGUGCAAGGAUAGUCCGACACAUGAAAAGGUUGCUGCGUGUCAUAGUUGGUUAUCUGGAAAUGCAUGAUGGGCCAGAAGAAACUGCCCGGCUGUGUAUCCUGGAAACUUUACAAGGAACUAUAAAGUAUGCAUGGCCUAGGAUCCCACCCCGACUAUCACUGCUGGUGAAGGCUCUACUCAAACUGAUCUAUGAGGUUUCAACUGACCCAGGUCAGCAUUCUCAGCCAAUCAGAGAAGCAUUAUUGCAAAGGGCCACAGAAUGCCUGAUACUUCUAGAUUGCUGUUCCAAAGGACAAGUCAAGGUGAGCUGGCAGACUACACAUGGAAUCCCCACAAUUUGUAAGGACCCCGACAUGGUGAAAUGCAUUAGCAGAGUUUUAAAGGAUGAACUCCAGUAA